CUCUAGUUUUAAAAGUGACCUCUAGAUGGCUCUUGAAACAAACAAACUUGUGACAGAAGAAGCUCCUCGGUUUACAAUUUGGAAAUUCUUAAAAAUUGUUUCUGAAAAUGUCUAUUGAAAUUGAAUCAGCCGACGUUAUUCGUCUUAUCCAGCAGUUCUUGAAAGAGUCUAACUUGAUGAGGACCCUCCAAGUGCUCCAGGAUGAAACAGGCAUUUCUCUCAACACUGUUGAUUCAGUUGAAUCAUUUGCAGAUGACAUUCUCAGUGGCCAUUGGGAUACAGUUUUAAAAGCUACACAAUCUCUUAAACUUCCAGACAAAAAAUUAAUUGACCUUUAUGAACAGGUCGUUUUAGAAUUGAUAGAGCUCCGUGAGUUAGGAGCAGCCAGAUCACUGCUCCGUCAGACAGAUCCCAUGGCCCUUAUGAAACAGCAAGAACCUGAUCGAUAUUUAAAUCUAGAAAACCUGCUGGCUAGGUCUUAUUUUGACACCAGGGAAGCAUAUCCCGAAGGAAGCAGUAAAGAAAAACGGAGAGCAGCCAUUGCUCAAGCUUUGAGUGGAGAAGUGUCCGUGGUACCACCGUCUCGUCUACUCGCUCUACUCGGGCAAUCUUUGAAAUGGCAACAGCAUCAAGGACUUUUGCCUCCCGGUACCAGUAUCGAUCUUUUCAGAGGUAAAGCUGCCAUCAAAGAACAAGAAGAAGAACAGCCACCUACUCAGUUGACUAAACACAUCAAAUUUGGACAAAAGUCUCACGUCGAAUGCGCAAAAUUCUCACCUGACGGACAAUAUCUUGUCACCGGCUCUGUUGACGGCUUUAUUGAAGUUUGGAAUUUUACCACAGGAAAGAUUCGUAAAGAUCUCAAAUACCAAGCUCAGGACAAUUUCAUGAUGAUGGAAGAUGCUAUUCUCUGCCUAACCUUCAGUCGUGACUCUGAAAUGCUUGCUAGUGGCUCUCAAGAUGGCAAAAUCAAAGUUUGGAAAAUUCAGACUGGCCAGUGCCUACGCAAAUUUGAGAAAGCCCAUAGCAAAGGUGUGACCAGUAUGCAGUUUUCCAAAGAUAACAGCCAGCUACUGACAGGAUCGUUCGACAUGUCCGUCAGAGUCCACGGUUUAAAAUCAGGCAAAACUCUGAAAGAAUUCCGUGGCCACACUUCCUUCGUCAACGAAGCCAUUUUCACAGCCGAUGGUCAUCACGUGUUGAGUGCUUCUUGUGACGGCAGUGUCAAAGUCUGGAGUAUGAAGUCGGGCGAGUGCGUCUCCACCUACAAAUCGCUGGGCGGUUCGUCAGGCGGUGACUUGACGAUUCACACCAUCACCCUCCUACCCAAGAACCCAGAGCAGUUUAUCGUCAGCAAUAAGAGCAGUACCGUAGUUAUUAUGAAUAUGCAGGGACAGAUUGUCAGAUCAUUCACCAGCGGUAAGCGUGAUGGUGGUGACUUUGUUUGCUGUACCCUAUCACCUAAAGGCGAAUGGAUUUAUUGCAUCGGUGAAGACAUGGUGCUCUAUUGUUUCUCCAUCGCAUCAGGCAAACUCGAAAAAACUUUAACGGUCCACGAGAAAGAAGUCAUAGGCAUGAGUCACCACCCGCACCAAAAUCUCCUAUGUACCUACAGUGAAGAUGGAUUUCUGAGAAUGUGGCGACCUUAAACUUUGAUGACGAAUCUAUUUUGAACGAGGAAAAAUACAGGUGUCGUUUUGUGAA